UUAGGUGGGGCUCCAGAGCUCAUUGGCUGUAGUUUGUACAGGGGCUGAUGUUUGCACCAGGGUCAGGAGCAGUUUUGGGUUAGGAGAGGGUGGAAACAGCAGGCUCCUAGCUCUCUCUUUCCUCUCUGUAUCUCUGGUGGUGCUGCUGACCACCCUCCCUCUCAGCAUGGAGUACAAACUCAGGAUGCCGAAAAUGGAGCUUGAUGCAGCAGAGGGGCCCCCAGGUUUGAUAAAGCGCAGCCCGGAGCUGCAGCUGGCUGCCUCACAGCAAGUCUCUGCAGUCAUGGUUAAAGGGGAGAGCCCUGCACCAGGAUAUGAAGCCUUUCCAAAUUGCCAAGCUUCCGAUGUCUCUGGAGCCACCGUUGAAACUGCAUCACUGACUCCAGCAGAACCCAGGGAGCUAAUGAAAUGGCAGAAACGCAGGAGCCGGCAUCCUGGCAGGGACCACCGGAGAUACUACCAGGAACACUGGAAGAUGGAGUACCUGAUGGACUAUGACUGCCUGCGACAUGGCCUAGUCUGCAUGGUGUGUGGCAGUGCCCUGGCCACCCUCAAACUCAGUACUAUCAAGCGACACAUCCUCCAGAAACACCAGGAUACUAUGCUCCUGACUCGUGCUGAGAAGGAGGUUGUCAUUGCAACCUGGGUUGAGCACCUCCUGAGUCACAGUCACCACCAGGAGAAGUCUGAUAUGCUAGGAGCUGAGGCUAGAACAGUGCAGAUCAAUCCUGCCCCAGAUGCAGUAUGGGUGCCUUACAUCCCAAGGACUGAAGCAAUUCAAGAAUGCCACCUCUUUACCAGGGCACUUCAGGAUGGGCAAUCCCAAUCUAGCAGCCAUCCCCCCUCUGCUCCAAGCUCGUCUGCUCAGUGCAGCGCUGAACUGCUCCAAGGGAUACCUCCGGCCGCGGAUCAAAGGUCGGCUGAGGCCGCUCCGGGUAGGAUGUCUCCGCCAAGGCCGGACCCGGCAAAGGGGGCGCUGAGCCGGCGGCCUGUGAGGCGGUACUACCAGGAGCGCUGGCGGACGGAGUACCUGAUGGAUUACGAUGGCGUGCGACAUGGCCUGGUGUGUAUGGUGUGCGGCAGCGGCCUGGCCACUCUCAAGCUGAGCACCAUAAAGCGGCACAUCCUCCAAAGGCACCAGGCCUCACUCAGUCUGACUGCCCGUCAGCGACGCGUCGUAAUGGCCACUUGGAUGGAUCGGCUCCUGCACCAAACACAGCCCCCCUUAACAGAAGCGGGACACCUAAGGCACCGCCUCCUCCCUCACACAGACCAAUCAGCGGUCGAUAACACGGCUCCCGCCGUUUCCCACCAAUCGGGCCUCGAAUUGCACGGGACCCGGUUUCCCGCUCUAUCCCACGGCGACGGUCAGUUACCGCAGGUGCCAGGGGAGGGUACUAUGCUGCAAGACCAAUCAGUUCCAGGGAGGCCAACCUCUAUGAUGGACAGCGUCGUUGACCAAUCGAGCGUCGACCAAGUGCGACAGGUGCCAGGAAAUGUGUCACAUCGAUUCCAUUCGGACUGCUGUAUAGGGGAGGGGCGGCACGAGCGUCACCAAUCAGAGACCAGUGACCGGCAGCCAGGGGUGGAGCCAGAGACACUGACAGGGACCGAAGUCCGUUUGGAUCCUCUUCAUGUUGGCUCAGUUGUCGAGGUGGUGGGUUUUCCUGUGUUGCUGGAUCAAUCACAACUCCCUGUUGAUAAUAACCGGGUGGUGCCACAGCACAACCCCCUGGCUCCGUUGCCCAGUAAAGGUAUCCGUCGUUACUACCAGGAACGCUGGAGGUUUGAACACCUGAUGGACUAUGACUGGUGGCGGCAUGGCCUAGUCUGCAUGGUGUGUGGCAAAUCCCUGGCUACUCUCACCCUCAGCACCAUCAAACGACACAUCCUCCAAAACCAUCCGCACUCGCUGCACUUCAACCAGGCCGAGAAGGAGAACAUUCUGGAAGCCUGGAAUGAGAGGGCUUUGCAGCGCGACUGCACAGCGGUGCAACUGGUGAUGCCCGGGACAGGUUCUAACUGGUCAGCCGGUAAGAAGCCACGCUGUCACUACCAAGAGCACUGGCGGUUCGAGUACCUGAUGGACUAUGACCAGUGGUGGCACACCCUCGUCUGCAUGGUGUGUGGAAAAUCGUUGGCUACUGUAGCCCUCUGCACCAUCAAACGGCACAUCCUUCAGAACCACCCGCACUCCCUUAACUUCAACCAGGCCGAGAGGAAGAACGUUCUGGAUGUCUGGAAGAAAACUAUAUCUCUGCAGGAGAGUGCAGUGAUCGAAUCGCGGGAAGAGGAAUUGUCAGCCCUUAGGAUACAGUCUGCAGUUACAGAGGAAAAUCCAGUCGUGGAGUUUGCAAAGGACGUGUCCCCAGGUUGGGGUGGGGAAACGAGCCCUGUGGAAAUUGAAGUGUGCGUGGAGGAGCCAGAUCUGAGCUUACCGGCACAGACAGUCAGGGGCCGGGGCCGAGGCCGAGGGAGGGACCAUUGGAGGAACUAUCAGGAGCGCUGGCGACUCGAGUACCUGAUGGACUAUGACCAGUGGCGACAUGGCCUGGUCUGCAUGGUGUGUGGCAGUGCCCUGGCCACCCUCAAGCUCAGUACCAUCAAGAGGCACAUUCUACAGAAACACCAGGACACCAUGGAUUACACACUGGCCGAGAAGGUGAUGGUUGUGGAUGAGUGGAACAAGAAAAUCGCCACUGUUGCUAAGAUGGACUUCUGGCAACUGUCCACCAGUAGGAACAGGAGUCCUCCCAGGAAACCAGGAGGAAUGAUCUGUGCCCAGCAUUAAUUUUUGACACCCAUGCACACAUCCUGUAGGGUCUGUGCAAAUACAGGACUGGGGGAGGAGGCAGUUAACAUUGGCUUUAAUGCCUGACAGUAUCACCCCUCCCAAAAGCUGUUUUCAGUUAAAUGCUCACACCCACAACUAGCAGGAGUGGGGCAGGAGGUAUCCAUCAGGAAACACCCCAGGACCACCCUAUUUUGCACCAAUUCUGAGGUCAAGAGUGGCUGAAGGUAGCCUCUGUGCUCCAAGGAGAAAGUUUCAGCCACUCCUGCCCACCUGCUGCAGGUAGACUAAGGUGAGCUGUGGGAGGGAUUGGGGCAGGGAGCUGGGACUGUCUGGGCUGCGACACCCCCUUCCCUUAACGGACGGCAGAGAGUCAAAAGAUUUGAGAAACUGAUUUCUCAGGGAGUGACUGGGACAUGGGUCAAAGGGCCAAAAAAAUAACCAGGAGCAAAUAUGUAUAUCACUUCAUGGUGCCACCCUUGGAUUGAAGAGUAAAACAAGUUGGUGUGCAACUA